AUGCAAUUGAAGAACUUAUUGGCUGUUUCAGCUAUUGCAGGUUUAGUUUCUGCUGCCAACAACUCCACUUUAACCACAGCUACUCCGCUGGUAAGCAGUGACUGUUCUUUCUCAGACUUUACCGCUACUGCUUCAUCUCAAGUAUCCCAAGUUGCUGCUUGUGAAACUGCUGUUGGUAACAUUGUCAUCAACGGUGACGCUUUUGGCUCAGUCGAAUUGACUGGUUUGCAACAAUUAUACGGUGACUUGGCUAUUAGAAAUGUCACCAAGGCUCAAACUGUCAAUGCACCAACCUUGCAAUUGGUUUCUGGUGACUUGGAAGUUAAUGCUUGUACUGUUUUGUCUGACUUGAACUUGGCUCAAUUAACCACUGUUGGUACUUUGGAAUUGAAUGCUUUGCCAGCUUUGGAAUCAACUGGUUUGACUGCUGGUUUGACUUCAGCUGAGUCUAUUAUUGUUUCCGAUACUGGAUUGAACCAUUUGACUGGUAUCAAUGUCUACCAAUUGAAAGUUUUCAACGUCAACAACAAUGGUGAUAUCGACUCGAUUGAUUCAGGUUUGAAGGAAGUCACCGACACCCUUGAUAUCUCAUACAAUGCUGAUAAGGUCGAUGUCAACUUGGAUGAAUUGACUUCAGCCAAGAACAUUGUCUUGCAACAAGUCAACUCGUUCCACGCUCCAAACUUGACUGUUGCUAACGGUUCAAUCACUGUCACAUCAUCUUCCCUUGAAAAGCUUGAGUUGGCUCAAUUGAAAUCAGUUGGUAACGCCAUUGCCAUUAACAAGAAUGAUGACUUGGAAGAAUUGGAUUUCCCUAAAUUGACUACCAUUGGUGGUGCUUUGCAAAUUUCCGACAACGAACACUUGAAAUCAUUGGAUGCCUUCUCAGAAGUCACUUCAAUUGGUGGAUCAGUCAACAUUAACGGUUCUUUCGACAAUGGUACUUUCAGCUCAUUGACCAAGGUUGCUGGUGGUUUCAUCUUGAAGAUCGACGGUGACUUAUCAUGUUCCUCAUUCAACAAAUUGAACUCCAACGGUGAUGUUAAAGGUGACAAAUUCCAAUGUCAAGAUCAACAAACUACCUCAUCAUCGUCAUCAAAGAAGAGCUCCCUGUCAUCCGAUUCAUCUGACUCAAGUGAUUCCGGAUCAAGCUCUUCAUCAUCAUCAGGCUCUUCAUCAUCUUCAUCAGGUUCUUCAAGUAAAUCCAAUGAUGCUACUUCUUCAAGAGUUGGAUUAUUUGCCACUGUCGUUUCUGCAUGUAUUGCUGCUGGUGUUGCAUUAUUCUAA